UCCUCCCUCGAUCAGGCUUUAUAAGUGAGAGAGCUCAGGACAGGUUGCUCCCAAAGUGAGUGUUCACUCCGUCUUUACGCGGGUUUUUAAACAUGCUUUUAAAGGCCAUCGUGCAGAGAGGAUGCAGCAAACAAGACUGAUGAUGCUGUCAAGGUCACUCGUCUAUAUCGGACAAUUUAGUUCUAAGAAAUAACUUUAAAUUUGUCACCAUCGAAAGAGUUGUAAUUUUAUUUUAUUUCUUUUAACGUAUUUAAAACAUACAAAUAUUUUUAUAAGAUUUUGGUCGUCUGAGAUCCGCCUUACCCUCUCCGGGCAGCGUGUCUACACUACGCCGCCAUGUGUGCGCUGCUGCCGGCUUGGCUGUGCCUGGUGCUCGUAUUCCUGCCUCUGGAGAUCCAGUCCCGCGCUGUGACGGUGCAGAGCCUGACCCACAGACACAGGUUGAACUUACCCAGAUCUUCUAAAUACCCAAAGUAUUCGUCCACCACCAUCAUGCCUGCUGCGUCUGCCCUGCCGGUUGCCAUUUACAACCACAUCACACAGGGAGACAGACAUAUCACCUGGAGGGCCCGGCUUUACAAAGAGCCACCACAAAGGUUGUCCAACUUGUUGUUUGACCAACCUGUGGUACAGGAACCGCUGGCCUGGCAGCGUGGAUCACGAGGUCGUCGGCAUGCCAACAGUGGUGGCGGCAGAGGCCAUGGACAUCUGAUGAGGGUGGGGUGUGUCCUGGGCACCUGUCAGGUUCAGAACCUCAGCCACCGUCUCUACCAGCUGAUUGGACAAAGUGGGCGGGAAGACUCAUCCCCCAUUAACCCUCGCAGUCCUCACAGCUACGGCUAACACCACAGCUCGAAUCUAGCGAGACGCCUUUAUCGACAAACGUUGGCAAGUUACCCAUCUCAGCCGCUUGGUAGUAAAAGGAUCAUUAUGGUUUCCACCACCUUAUUGUUUUUAACUGUCAUUCUGGUCUGUAAUAAUAACAUUAUACUCAUCAAAUCAAUAGCUGAGUCCUUGGAAUGUGGCGACAUUGGCUGAAAAAAGUCAUCGCACAUUAGCUGCUCACCACCAAACAGGACACAGACACACAGUUGCUAGCUGGCAAACACAGUGGAGCAUGUAGCAGCUAAAAUGUAGUAGUGUGAAGUCAUUGUGGUAUAAGAUAACAUGCAAGUAUAUUAGUGUGAUAGCUAGCUUAGCACUAGCUUAGCUGGCCCAGUCAAACACACGACCCUUGCUUUGCAGGCUGUAUCAGUGCCCUAAGAGUGUUGGUAUGCAGGUAAACUUUCUGGUUUAGCUUAUUAUCAUCAAUAUUCAAGAUGUACUCACAUUUGGUUUUAUAUCCAAAUAGUAGUUUACAUAAACUGACUACACAUUUGGCUCGUUUGAUCCUUUCACUAAGAAGAAUUUCUCUGACGUAAUGAUGUUACCAUGUUUCCUGAUCUAAGCAGUUUAUUCUAGUGAGGACAACAUUAUUAUAAGCAGAAUUUCCCAGAAUUCCCUUCAAGAGCACAGCAUUGUUGCCCUUUACUGCCAGUUUGCCUCAGUGAAACUAGAGUUCUAGGUGAUUUGGCACCUGUAACAAAGUAACAAACGCUUAGACACUAUGAAUAAAAAGCUUCUGUCAAAGUGGCCUGUCUGACUGUCUACUGUCGUCAUCAGUGAUGAUCCUGCUGAUCUGAAUUUACCUGAGCUGAGAACUAAUCCACCAGGCCUCUCAAAAGUACAGUCGUCUCCCUGGGCAGUAGCUCUACUUCAGUGUGGACGGAAACCAAAAAUAACCUCCAGUCAAACCCAGUUAACCCUUCACCCAAAACCCCACCGUGCACACAAUUAGCCAAAAUAACCGCUAACCCUAAUCCAUGAACUGUCUGCAUGCUUCUUAACAGACACUUUGCCUCUUAAUAAGUGAACCAGAGAGGACAACUUCUGCUGAAUGCUUUUUACCUGCAAAUUGUAAAUCUAUGAUAAAUUGUUUUGAUUCUUGUCACUAUCAAGUCUGUUUUUAAGCCUUCAAUUGAUUUAAUCAUUUCCAAGGCCUUAUAAUGUUUUGCCUUUUGCAUGUUCAAAUUAAACAUCAGAGUAGAUGUUGAUUAUUAAAGUGUUAUGUGAAGCUUUAUG